CAAGGCAAGAUGAACUACACCAUCUUUUUAGACAAAUCAGCUACUGCUCUGCUUUACCAGAAUUCAAUGAUGAAUAAAUGUGGACAUCUCCCAGAUAUAACUCCAUUCCUUGGGACUUCAUAUAGUCUGCUGAUAUUUUUCUGCUUGCUUGGGAACAGCUCUCUGAUAUAUGUUAUCUGCAGGAGAAAAGAGAAGGGAAAUGUCACACACAUUCUUAUUGCCAAUUUGGCCUUCUCGGAUUUACUGGUUGGAAUUUUUUGCUUGCCCUUUACAGUGGUCUACACUCUUAUGGACUAUUGGAUGUUUGGUCGUUGCUUGUGUAAAAUUACCAAUUUUAUUGGAUGCGCAUCAGUUACCGUCUCUGUCAUGAUCUUAGUCCUAAUUGCCUUAGAGAGACACCAACUUAUUCUACACCCCACCGGUUGGAAGCCCAGUGUCCCUCAGGCCUACAUAGCUGUUCUACUUGUCUGGGGACUGGCAUGUCUUCUAGCUGUGCCAUUGAUCUAUGCCACAGACCUGAAGGAAUUAAACUUCCUUGCUAACAAGUCUGUAUGUGCUGAGUACUGGACAUCAGGCAAAGAGAAGAGGGCUUACACUGUAACCCUGCUACUACUGCAAUAUGUUAUACCCCUGUUUUUUAUCAUCUGUUGCUAUGUUCGUAUAUCUGUGCACCUGUAUCAUAGAGAGAGUCUUUUUGGAAGAAGCUACAAUCAUAUGAAAAGAGUGAAUCUUAUGCUAGCAUCAAUGCUUGGAGCAUUUGCAGUAUGCUACUUGCCACUUCAAAUUUUUAACAAUAUCGUGGAUUGGAACUAUCAAUUGAUUUCUGUUUGCUACCAUAAUCUUAUCUUCUCAUUGUGUCACCUGCUUGCCAUGAUUUCCACAUGCAUCAACCCAAUAAUAUAUGGCCUGCUCAACAGCAAUGUGAAACAAGAAGUCAAGAUCUUGGUCCAGAGAUGUAAAGGUCAGAGAAAGAAGGGAUCAGAUACAUUGUAUGAGUCUGAAAAUCGUCCAUUAUCCAUCAAACUGAAUACUGUUGACACCAUUUUGCCAAGUUCACCAAGUUCACCCGAACAAGGCAUGUUUUAAGAGGGGAAAGAGCAUUCAUAUGGGUCACCAUUUCCCUUAAAGACUUUCUGACGGCACAGAAUGAACAGUAUACCUGUGCUUUACUGGUUUAUACAUAUCUUAGAGGCAGACAAUGCAGCUGCUAUGGGAUCCUUGGAGAUAGGGUGUCU